AUGGAGGGUAAUAAUUUACUGAGAGUGAGAAAAGGUGCAUGGACUAGAGAGGAAGAUGAACUUCUCAGGCAAUACAUUCAACAGCACGGUGAAGGCAAAUGGCAUCAGGUUUCUCUCAAAGCAGAGUACAGAGGAAAAAGAGGGAGAAUGAAAGUGAGAAUGAGAGUGGAGAUGGGAUUGAGAGGGAACAUGAGAGUGGAGGAUGGGAUAGAUGAGUAA